AUGAGGAUCCUUCUCCACCUCCCAGUCCUCCUGACUUCCCUGAUCUUGCUCCAGGUUGCCGUGUCUGCCACAGGUGCACAGACAACCACGACCGAAGCCUUCUCUGAGGUUGUGAGGCAAGUCAAGGCCCAAGUCAACAAGGCCUUCCUGGAAUCUCGAAUCAGGCUGAAGACCGCCCUGAGCACUGAGAGUCCUACCACCCGGCAUCUCUCAGAAUACCUCAAGCAUUCCAAAGGCCAGACGCGCACAGCCAUCCGCAACGGGCAGGUGUGGGAGGAGUCCCUAAGGAGACUGAGUCAGAGCACAGCCUUGACCAAUGUCACAGAGGCCAGCCUGGACUUGACUCAGCUGUCUGGAGAAGUGGGUUGCAAUACCCGUGCUACCGUGCUGAAAUGCGACACGAACAGCCCUUACCGCACCAUUUCAGGAGCCUGCAAUAACAGGAGGAACCCUGCGCUGGGCGCUGCCAACCGGGCGCUGGCGCGCUGGCUGCCGGCCGAAUACGAGGACGGGUUCUCCCUCCCCUUUGGGUGGACGCCGGGGAAGACGCGCAACGGCUUUCCAGUCCCUCUGGCCCGGGAGGUAUCCAACAAGAUUGCUGGCUAUCUGAAGGAGGAGGGUGUUCUGGACCAAAAGAGGUCCCUGCUCGUCAUGCAGUGGGGCCAAUUUGUGGACCAUGACCUGGACUUCGUCCCUGAAAGGGACCUGGGAAUCAGCAAGUACUCCAAAUCCCAGUGUGAUGAGCACUGUAUCCAGGAAGACAGCUGUUUCCCCAUCAUGUUCCCACCCAAUGACCCCAAGGUGAAGACUCAAGGAAAGUGCAUGCCUUUCUUACGAUCUGGGUUCGUCUGCCCCACUCCCCUGGCCCGAGAGCAGAUCAACGCUCUGACCUCCUUCCUGGAUGCCAGCCACGUAUAUAGCUCUGACCCAAGCCUGGCCAGCCGCCUCCGAAACCUCAGCAACCCCUUGGGCCUAAUGGCCGUUAACCAGGAGGUCUCAGACCACGGCCUGCCCUAUCUGCCCUUUGAUAGCAAGAAGCCAAGCCCCUGCGAGUUCAUCAACACCACCGCUCGAGUGCCCUGCUUCCUGGCGGGAGAUUCCCGAGCCUCAGAGCAAAUCCUGCUGGCUGUUUCCCACACCCUCUUCCUCCGUGAGCACAACCGGCUGGCCAGGGAACUAAAGAGACUCAACUCUCAGUGGGAUGGAGAGACGCUCUACCAGGAAGCCCGGAAAAUCCUUGGAGCCUUGGUACAGAUUAUCACCUUUAGGGAUUACCUACCCAUUGUGCUAGGGGAUGAGAUGCAGAAGUGGAUCCCCCCAUAUCAAGGCUACAAUGAAUCUGUGGAUCCUCGAAUUUCCAAUGUCUUUACCUUCGGCUUCCGCUUUGGCCACUUGGAGAUCCCCUCUACGGUGUCCCGCCUAGAUGAAAAUUAUCAACCAUGGGGUCCAGAACCAGAACUUCCCUUACACACUCUCUACUUUAACACCUGGAGGAUGGUCAAAGACGGUGGCAUUGAUCCUCUGGUGCGGGGCCUGUUGGCCAAGAAGGCCAAGUUAAUGAUUCAGGAUAAAAUGAUGACAGGAGAGCUCCGUAACAAGCUUUUCCAGCCAACUCACAAGAUCCAUGGCUUUGACCUGGCUGCCAUCAACAUACAGCGUUGCCGGGACCAUGGGAUGCCUGGAUACAACUCCUGGAGAGGCUUCUGUGGCCUCUCACAGCCAGAGACACUGAAGGAGCUGAGCGCGGUGCUAAAGAACAAGAUGCUGGCCAAGAAGCUGAUGAGCCUCUACGGGACCCCAAACAACAUCGACAUCUGGAUGGGGGCGGUUGCUGAGCCCCUGGUCAAGAGAGGCCGGGUGGGGCCUCUCCUGGCCUGCCUCCUGGGCAAACAGUUCCAGCAGAUCCGUGAUGGAGACAGGUUCUGGUGGGAAAACCCUGGGGUCUUCACAGAGAAGCAGCAGGAUUCUCUACGGAAAAUGUCCUUCUCACGACUUGUCUGUGACAAUACCCACAUCACCAAGGUUCCGCUGGACCCAUUCCAGGCCAAUAGCUACCCCCAAGGCUUCGUGGACUGCUCAGCCAUUGAUAAGUUGGACCUCUCUCCCUGGGCCUCAGUGGAGAACUAGGGUGUGGGCAAUAAUGCCCCUUUGGUCUCUGAUGCCAUUUCACACAAGUUCGACCAUGCCAGGCCCAGCCCCUCAUCCCACCCAAUCAAGCCCAAGGUCAGCUUUUCAGCCUCGCCAGAUCUCCCACAUGGCUCCCAUUCUUCCGAUACCCCCACCCCC